AAUUUACCCCUGGAAGACAUCAGUUGUGAUGAAUCGAUUGCAUGCUUGGCUUCUGAAGUCUUGGAAGAUAUCCAACAUCCUGAGCGAAUUACUGACCAAACCGUUUCAAUCAAUCAAGCUGUUCCUGUAUGUCAAAGUCCUGACUUGUCUAUUAGCAAGAAUGUUGAGGAAACAUGGAAGGAAUUUGAGAAGGAUGCUAAGCAAAGAAUUCAAAGUUUGGAACUAAGCUCUCACGAGGACAUGAAUAUUAGCGAUGGGAAACCAAAAGAGGAUCUGAGUUUGAAAACUAAUUCAGAGCCUCAGCUGUGCUCCCAUGUCUUCACAUUUGAGACCAUUGUAGCCCCACUUUAUCAUCAGGUUUUUAAAAACAUGGAAACAGAGAGAAAAAAACUCUUUCCGAAAGCUUUAGAUACGUCAUUUAGGAAACUAGAGGAUGAGAGUCGAAGAGCGGUCACAGCCCCUGAGACCACAGACAUUUGGAUAGAGUCUUGCUAUCUAUCUACAAAACAGACAGUAGAUGAUGUUAAUGUUGGCGUCUGCAAAGAAUCAACAGAACAGAACUCACAACUUACAGUACACCCAACCAAAAAACCUCUUCCAGAGCCAAAUGAGAGUAAGCAUGUUAAAAACGCAGAAGCGUCUUACAAUCAAAAUGAUUGUACCAGAGAAUACCCAAGAGACAUCACGUUUACUGAAACAAACCCUCCAAAAGUUACAUCCAUUCAGCCAGAUCCUCCACAAGCAGAAGUUUCAACAGUGUGCAAACUCACAGUCACACUAGCUUUGACUGAAUGCUCAAUCCAGGAUGAUCCUUGCCAAAGUCUGCGUUUAUUUCCUCAACAUGGACCAGAACUUUUAGUCCCUACAAAUCAAACAUUAGAGUCAGAUACUGAAAGCCUACCUGAACAGCUUCAUCCAUCAUCACCCACAGCAGUUUUGAAAUCUUCAUCAUGUUUGGAUAAUCAGAGGUCCUGUAUAAAAACUGAAAAGUCACAGAACCAGGAGGACCCUACAAUUAUCCACACCAAAGAAGAGAAUAUAUUCACACAAGCAGAAUAUUUAAUCAACACUUCUUGCUUUCCAGCCCAAGCUCCAGAGGACAACACAAAAAGCUCUUUGAGUUCAUCUGAUGAUAAAUUAGAGCCUGACUGCUGUGAGAUGAGAUCGAACAUUGAAAAACUUAAAGAACUCUCUCACUUACCAAUAGGAAACGCUAUGCCAAUAGAACCAUAUACACAAUUUGAGAACACAAAGAUAAAUACGAGCAAUACUUUGGAGAGCUACCAAAUGAAUGAAAAGGAGGAACAAAUACUCAUGGGUUUUUCUACAAGGACUUCAGAGACGGAGCGCUUCAACAUGAUUCAUUCUGAUGCAGAACAUAACACAUCAGUGAUUAAAGAGAUGGAAGAAAUUCACACAACGAAAAAUGCUGAAAGCCUGGAAGAGCAACAAGAGGGAAAUGGAAAUCAAAUUAACCAGACGGAGAAGCAGAAACAAGACAAGGAGGAGAAAGACCAAGAACCAGAAGAACAAGAAGGCGCAGAAGAAAAACAUGAAAGUAAAGGAGGAAUAAAUAUCAUUGAAGAUGAGUUGAAAUACAUAGAUGAUGAAGAGGACUUGGAUGCAAUGGAAUCUGAGAAAGAAGAGAAACAACAAGCAGAUGAAGAUGAUCUGCUUUUUCUUGAACAAGAUUCAGAGGACCGUAAGCAGAUCAUUAGUACCAGCACUGUUGAAUCAUUACCACAUCAUAUUGACUUAAAAGGUACAGAGUACUCUGAAAAAGAGGACAUUCACGUCAACCUCGGUUUAGAGAUAUAUGAGGAAACUGCUACAUCUUGGCACGAAUCAUCUCAGAAGAAUGAUAUCGAACUCAGCGGAAGUACGGAAGCUAUGGAGAAUGAUUGCAACCGUUUUGAAUUUAUUGAUAAAGAAGAGAAUGUGUCCUAUAAAGGUAUGAAAAGUGACUGGAAAACUCUUGAUGAUGUGAACGAUAUGCACAAAAACACGGAAUGCCUGGCAAAAGACAGAGAUCUUGAAAACGUUGAAGACAACACCUCGACAGAAUCGCAGACAGAUGAUGAGAUGGAGCUGUACCUGAACGGUCUGAAGAAUUCACAACAGUCAGUAUUCAGAGAAGGUGCAAUGAGUGGGAGCUACUGCAAAAGACCCUCCUUGAGCAGAGGGAGGCCGCUGGCUAUGCCUUCAAUCUCAGAGUCUAUGGACGAGGACCAGCCGAAUAGUUCCCUAGAGGAUUUAACAAAUAUGGAGUACAACAUGGAGCUGGAGAGAGCUACUCUGCCCCUAGUGGAUGGGAAUGAGCAUGUCAUUGGAUGUAACGUCUUGUGGUGGAAAGAGUUUCUGUCCUAUGACAAUAUGUCAAGGUGUAUUGGCUGUUUCGUCAAGAGGAGAAACAACCACUGAAAACCUCUCGGAAAGGUGACAGAGGACUGCAGUAAACAUGAUUUACUCGUCAACAUUUGUUGGAGAACUUAGAAAUGUGGAAGUGAAUCCAAAUAUGUGUUGCUGCACAUUAACAUCGGAUUAUGUGGGGCUAUGUUUAUCACACAAACUUUCAUAAUGGCAAAUACAUGAUUACAGUAUAAAAUGACUUUUGUAGAUUGAUGGAUUGCGAAUA